AGGAUUUGGAGGCUCAAGCACGGUGCAAGUUGCGUAGUUCUCACAGGUCCUGAGAAGAUGCCGAUUGAGAAGAUUCAUGCCCGUCAGAUCUUCGACAGCCGUGGCAAUCCCACCGUAGAGGUUGAGGUGACCACGGAGAAGGGUAUCUUCCGGGCCGCGGUACCUAGUGGUGCAAGCACCGGUGAGAACGAAGCUUGUGAGCUUCGGGAUGGGGGCUCUGACUACAUGGGAAAAGGUGUAAAGAAGGCAGUGAGCAAUGUCACCUCGAAGAUCGGCCCAGCGCUGGUCGGCAAGGAUCCCGCAGAUCAGCAGACCAUCGACAAGGUGAUGCUCGAUCUUGAUGGCACCGAGAACAAGACCAACUUGGGUGCCAACGCGAUCUUAGGUGUUUCGAUGGCAUGCUGCAGAGCUGGAGCUGCACAGAAAGGCAUUUCUUUGUACAGGCACAUCAAUGAGCUUGCUGGCAAGCCUCCUAUGUGCAUGCCAGUGCCUUGCUUCAACGUCAUCAACGGUGGCGUUCAUGCCGGGAACUACUUGGCUUUUCAGGAGUUCUUCCUGAUCCCACUGGGAGCGACAACUUUUGCGGAGGCAAUGAAGCUUGGCUCGGAGACAUACCACAACCUCAAGAGCAUCAUUAAGAAGAAGUAUGGCUUGGACUCCACAGCAGUGGGUGAUGAGGGCGGCUUUGCACCUGCUGUCAACGAUGCAGAAGAGGGCCUGAAGCUGCUCUUGGAAGCCAUUGAUCAAGCAGGGCACACAGGGAAGAUCUUGAUCGGCUCUGAUCCAGCAUCUUCAGAGUUCUGGAAGGGGGAGGAGCAAAAGUAUGAUCUGGACUUCAAGUGCAAAGCGCCCAGGCCGGAGCAGAAGAAGUCCCGAGAGGAGAUGGUCGCCCUCUACAAGCACUUUUGUGACACUUAUCCCAUUGCCCUUUUGGAGGACCCCUUUGCAGAAGAGGACUUUGAAGGUCAUGCGCAACUUACGGCGAUUGUGGGUGACAAGGUGGAAAUCGUGGGGGACGACCUUUACUGCACAAACACCAAGCGAGUGCAGAUGGGCUUGGACAAGAAGGCCACCAAUGCAAUGCUCCUAAAGGUGAAUCAAAUUGGAAGCGUCACAGAGUCCAUUGCGGCCUGGAAGUUAUGCAAAGACAACAAGUGGGGUGUCUUCGUUUCUCACCGAUCAGGUGAAACCGAGGAUACUUUCAUUGCUGACCUGACCGUCGGUUUGGGAACUGGCCACCUGAAGACUGGCGCGCCAUGCAGGAGCGAGCGUCUGUCGAAAUACAACCAGCUCUUACGGAUCGAGGAGGAGUCUGGACUCAAGUUUUGUGGGAAGCACUUCCGACAGCCCUGGACCUUGGAGAGCUCUGGUGGCUACUAAGCCAGAGGACCCGAUUUCCAGAUUGUCCUUCCCUAUUUUAAGCGUAUGAGACAUUUGGUCGGACUUGUUUCAUGUCUUUUGUUCUACCGACUGGAUGGAUGUGGCGAGAUAAAGCCGUUUCACCAAUCCAAUUCGGUUGAGCUUGACCGAUUGAUUUCGAGGAAGUUUGUCG